GUAGACCGACGCCAACCCCCCUUGCUGCUCGACAUGCAGACUAUCGAGAAAGCGCUGCAUCAACCGAUGCCUUUCACAACCGGCGGGCAGACUAUUUCAGACCGAUUGACAGCUGCAAAGCACUCUUUGGCUGGAAGCCAACUUGGCAAGACAAUAUGCAAGGCGACUACCGAAGAAGUUAUGGCCCCGAAGAAAAAGCAUUUGGAUUACCUCCUUCACUGCACAAAUGAGCCAAAUGUUUCGAUUCCAUCAAUGGCCAAUCUUCUAAUCGAACGGACUCAAAAUCCAAAUUGGACCGUCGUUUACAAGGCUCUCAUCACAAUUCACAACAUUAUGUGCUACGGAAAUGAGCGAUUUUCGCAAUAUCUAGCCUCAUGUAACACGACUUUCAAUUUGACCGCGUUCGUGGAUAAGGUUGGAGGCGCCGGCGGAUAUGAUAUGUCUACACAUGUCAGACGGUACGCAAAGUACAUUGGCGAGAAGAUUAAUACUUAUCGAAUGUGUGCAUUUGAUUUCUGCAAGGUGAAACGCGGUCGUGAAGAUGGGCUUUUGCGUACAAUGCACACUGACAAGUUGCUCAAAACAAUUCCAAUUCUUCAAAAUCAAAUCGAUGCACUUUUGGAGUUUUCAGUGACCACUUCAGAGCUGAAUAAUGGAGUUAUCAAUUGCUCAUUUAUUCUUCUUUUCCGUGAUUUGAUUCGAUUAUUUGCUUGUUAUAAUGAUGGAAUUAUUAAUGUGCUUGAAAAGUACUUUGAUAUGAACAAGAAGCAGUGUCGUGAUGCUUUGGAUACUUAUAAGUCCUUCCUCACCCGACUCGACAAAGUUGCCGAAUUCCUUCGCGUCGCCGAAUCCGUCGGAAUCGACCGUGGAGAGAUUCCAGAUUUGACACGUGCUCCAGCGAGUCUUCUCGAAGCACUUGAAGCUCAUCUCAUCCAUCUCGAAGGAGGAAAAGCUCCACCACCAACUCAACAACAUGUUGCACCACAUCAAUUCACCACUGGAUUCGCAUUUUCUCAACAACCACAACCGGCACUUGGUGACGCUGAACGACAACGGUAUAUUGAGUUGGAACAAGAGAGAUUGAGACAGUUUGAAGAUCAGAAGAAAUCGAUUAAUUCUGCAAAUCCAUUCGCAAAUGAUGUCGCUUCGGCUGCACCUGCUCCAGCUACAUCAGCUGCUCAGCCGGAUCUUUUGGAUAUGUUCCAAUCAUCGGCAGCUCCAGCUCCUCAAACGGCUGAUGUGACGAAUCCAUUUGGGAACUUUGCAGCUCCAAGUGCCUUCCCAACGAAUGUGCCACCACCAGCAGCACACUCGGCUCCAUUUGGAGUUCAACCAGCACCGCAACAUUCAGCUGCACCAUUCUAUGCGAACCUUCAUCAAGCUCCUCCAAUGCAAUCGCAAGCUCCAAAUGAGCCCGAAAACCCAUUUAUAACUGCUCCCGCGGCACCACAAAUGCACAAUGCGCCGCCCGUCCCACCACCACCAGCAUCUCAGGGGGCUCCAGCUCCUAUCAAUCCUUUUGCUGAUCCUUCAGCUACUGCUGCUUCUUCAGCACAACCGUUUGGGGAUCCAGGUCAUCAAGCUGCUCCAUUCGGAUAUCCAAAUGCUCAUCCAGAUGAUCUUGCUCGAAUGACUGCACAAAUGUCAUUGAAUCAGCAGGGAGCACCGGCCGGCUGGAAUACCACAACUUCUGCCGUCUCAAACAAUCCGUUUGGAGCAACGUCGGCUCCUCAGCCAAUGUAUACGGCUCCAAUGGGAAUGUAUCAACAACCAUUUGGUGCUCAGCCAAUGUGGAAUCCUGCGAUGGCAGCAUACGGUCAACAAUAUGGAUACGGACAACCUGUUCCACCACAACAGCAACACCAAAUUCAAUUGGUUCAUGCAGCGAUGGCUGCAAAGAACGCUGCACAAGCUCAACAGGCCCAGGCCGCCUCAGCCGAUCCAUUUGGAUUAUAGUCUAGUCGUCUAUUUCUCUCUAUCUCUCUCGUAACAUUCCCUGAUUUAUUUUUUUUUAAUGUAAAAACAAAAUGAUAGCCUAUUUCUAUUUCUUGAUAUCCCCCAAGAUUCUCCAAUUUUAGAAUUUCCAGUAGAUUGUGCAAAACUAAUCAAAUAGCGAAAUCCAGGUGCCACUCCAAUUUGAAAUCACUUAGUAUUCCUUUUUAACCUUUUUUUUUCAAAAUUUUUGAAUAGUCAAAGUAUAUUGCAAUCAAAUGUGUCGUUUUUUUGCAUUGAAAAAUUCGGAAAAAUCGAUUUUUUUUCUCGAUUUUUCAAUUACCCCAAAAUACCGAAAAAUCAGAAUUUUUCGACGUCACCCUUGAUUAGAAUAUAUAUUCCAGUAAAUUGCCUUUUUCUUCGGUCGAAUUGUCAUAAUUUUUCAUGCUCUCUAGAUACAAUGUACCCCCCAAAAUUCUUCAGAUUCGGCCAAAUUUUCGUCAGAUCAGUGAUGUUUUCCCCCUAUCUCUAUCUCUGCGUCUUCCAGUCUCUAGCGGCAUUUUUUGUUUCAUUCUUUCCACCCAAAAAUUUAUUUUGCAAAACGCACGCUUCUGUGUCCUAUUUAAUUAUUUGAAUUUUAUAUAUUUAUUUAUUGACUCCCCCUCCCCCCCCCGGCUCUCCCAUUUUAAGCGCUCGUGUUUCAUAGCAAUAAAUUAAAUUAUUUUCCAUCCUUCCUUUUUUUAGAUUUUGAAAUUUUGCAACUUUAUCUCUAUUGCCAAGAAGCGAUGAUAGAUUGAUUUUUCAAUUGAUGCAAUAAAUAUUCGUAGAUUCC